CCGGUGUUUUGCCGGCGUGACAUUUGGCCUUUACACUUAGUAAUGCAAACUGUUCUCGAUUUUGGGCCAGUUUUAUUUUCUAGAUCGUCAAAAUAUUAUUUAUGGCUUAGUUCAAAACUUUUUUCAUCAUCCAGUGGCUUUUCAAAUCGCUCUACUGCUAGUCAGACUCCUAGAGAAGUAGCGAAAUGGAUGGGAGAACAUGCCCCUGUUUUCGAGAUGAAUGGAAAGGACAUUUCAGUUUUACAUGAACCUAAUCAGUUUUUUAACACUCUUAAGGAUAAUGUCAGCAAUGCCAAACAAAGAAUUAUUUUGGCUUCAUUAUAUCUUGGUACAGGAGCAAAAGAGAAACAACUUGUUGAGUGCAUCCACAAAGCUGUAGAAAGAUCUGCAGCGUCAGAUCAGUUGCUGAAUGUUGAAAUCCUAUUGGAGCACACCAGGGGGUCUAGAGGAGAACACAACUCCAGGACCAUGCUGCUGCCACUGAUUCAGAACUUCACUGAUGUCGUCAAGGUGUCAUUGUAUCAUUCACCCAGCCUCCGAGGACUGCUCAAGUUGCUUCUGCCAGAACGGUUUAACGAGACAGUGGCUCUCACGCAUCUAAAAGUUUACCUCACUGAUGACACACUGAUAAUGAGUGGGGCUAAUUUAAGUGCUGAUUAUUUUACCAAUCGUCAAGACCGCUACAUUGAAAUCAGGAAUUGUCCCCAGCUUGCAAACUACUUUCAUGGACUUGUAUCGACUGUAAGAUCUUUCUCUCUUCACCUUCAACCAGACAACACUACGAAAAUGAGUGAAGAUUUCCCUGUUCAUCCAACUAAAGGAUUUGAUAGAGGAAAGAAAUUCAAGGCUGAGGCAGGGAAUAGAGUGUCUGAGUAUUUGCAAAGGAAAAAAAAGGAGAACAUGUACAGUUAUUCACUGAGGAAACCAAGUGAAUAUUGUGACACAUGGGUGGUACCCUUGGUGCAGAUGUUUCCAUUUGGUAUCCGUCAGGAUGAAUUUGUCACACGAAAGUUACUGAGUAGUGCUUGUCAAGCUUGCAAGCUUUUCCUGGCUUCAGGAUAUUUUAAUUUAACAAGAAAAUACAUGGAUAUAAUGUUAAAGUCAUCAGCAGAUUGUGAAAUUCUGACAGCACACCCGACUGUGAAUGGUUUCUAUGAAGCCAAAGGAGUGGCAGGAGGGAUCCCACAUGCCUACACCCUGUUAGCUUGCGAUUUCUACAAACUUAUCCAGGAAUACAAACAGACUGAGCGCAUCUCUGUACAUGAAUAUGUACGUGACAACUGGACAUUUCAUGCUAAAGGGCUAUGGUACUAUUUUCCAAAUGAGUCCAGGCCAAGUUUAACUCUCAUUGGUUCUCCUAAUUUUGGGCACCGUUCAGUGUACCGUGAUUUAGAGGCCCAGGUUGCCAUAGUAACAAACAAUCAGGGCCUUUGUGAAGCACUCCAUGAAGAAAAAAGCCGCCUUUACAACAGUGCUGAGUAUGUGACUGAGGAGACGUUUAUGCUACCUGAGCGCGAAAUCCCAGUAUGGGUUUAUUGUGUUAUGAGACUGACAAAGAAUUUUCUUUGACACAUGUCGAGCUUCAUUGUAUAUGUUAACAAUAUAUGUUAUUAGAAGCAUGCAAAUAAAAAUAUGACGUUGACAUUUUAAUAUACCUGCACAUUUUACAUUGUGUGACUGUGUUAUUUCCCUUCAUCACCUGUAUUCAAACCUUGUAUAUUCUUGAAAGAAGUAUAGACUGAAGUACAGCCCUCCAUUGCCUAGUCUCAGAGUUAAACUGCUUUCAUGUGCUUGCCCAACCAAGAAAAAGCCCAUUUUAGCAAUACAACAUGCUGACUUUAAUCAGCACAACAGUACAGAUAGAAAUAAGGUUCACCUUCUUUUCAUCCCACGAUUUUCAUCCUUGUCAGGACACAAGCAAAAUUUUGUUAUUCUGUCACACGCACUUUAGAAAUGGACCAUUAUUUUUUGAGGGGGUGGGAGGGGGCUUAGGCAAUUUCCAAAAGAAAAUUCCUGCCCAGCAAAAGCAGCUGAAAAAAAAUUGUCGAAGGGGGGCCAUGGGGAAAAAAUCGAACAAGUGUUUUCUACUAUCCAGAUCCUCUGUUUGACUUUAACAAAUUUUUGCACAAGCUAUUGCCAACCAGAGAAAAAAAAAAAACAAAAUUAUGCACAACUUAAAGGUGAGAAAUGUCCCAGAAAAUUGC